GACAGGUCAGUCUAUUACAGUACUUCCACAGUCUCACACUUUAGCUUAGAGCAUCCCCGCCGUGACCGAAAUGAACUUGCCGUUCAGAGAGCAGAGUGAAGGGUGGGACCAGAGCCAAGCGGCCCUAUUUAUGUCCAAGGGUCAAUGUCCUGUUGGAACACCCAACUGCGCCCAAGACUCAAUCUCCGGGCUGCUGAUCUUAGGUUGUCCUGAAGAAUUUGGAGAAGCUGUCAGAUGGCGACAUGAGUAAGUGCAGUCCUCUCCAUCAGCAGCAGCUUCAGAACAUCGUUCAGGACAUUCAGAAAAAUGAUAGCAGUUUCCUGAAAAAUUUUAUAAGACUGAAAAACAAACCAGUUCCAGAAGUGCCUGUGAGGGAUUACUUAGAUGAAGAAGCUGAAAUUACGUCUGAACCUGAUUAUGAUAAUGACAUGUAUGACAAUCCACUGCUAGAGUAUGAUGUCAAAUAUGAGCCACCUCCAAGCCAAAAAUCCAUUACCAGAGGUUCUUCAUCAUCUGUUCUGAUGGGAGACUAUAUUGACAGCUGCCGUAAUGGACCAAAACUAAAACUCAGAAAUGCCUUCAAACAGAAGCGAGAAUUCAGACAACUGACACCUGCACAAACCCUGGCGGACAAUAAUGAAGAGAACUACAUCAGUCCUGAUGGCAAAAACGAUGAUGACAACUAUGUGGAUCCUGCAGACAACCCCCCAGCUUAUUGUAAGAUGUCUGAUGCAAACACGUGCCACUCCAUGGUUCAUGCAACAUUACCAACAUGUCAAAACAGUCCAGAUUUUUAUGAAGUUCCAGAUCAAGAGUCCUCUUUCCAGGAUAGAAUGUUGGUUCUUCCAGUAGACAGAGUAACAAUGAAGACAUCACCCUCUACAGAGCAGCAGGCCACACUUGACACGGAGUAUGAAGUGUGUGAUCAGAACGACAUUGAGCCUGCAAAGCCUUCUUCUUCGUUCCCACCCAAACCUUUGCAAAUAAACAGGUCAGCAAAAGCUCACAUCUGGCUGGGCCUAGAUGUGGAGCGGAGAGACUUGGAGCGUCGAACGCUGCCAAGGAUUAACACAGGCCGCAAACCUCCUCCUACAAAGUCUCUAACUAUGGAUCGCAAACAAUCAAAGAGUCCUCUUCCACACGUUACUCUUCACGGACAAACAGAUUAUGUUGAAAGUGAGCUUUUCUUUGCUUCACUCCAGGACACGGACAUUCAUGCCAAGCCGUGGUUUGCUGGGGAAUGUGACCGCAAGACUGCUGACCAACUGUUGCUACACGCAAAUAAAGAUGGGGCCUUCAUGGUGAGGAUGAGUUCUGGACAAAAUGCACACCAGCCAUACACGUUGGUGGUGUUUUAUAAGAGCCGAGUGUACAACAUUCCAAUUCGCUUCAUACGCACGAGUCAGAAGUAUGCACUGGGCAAUGAGAAAAAAGGAGAAAAGUAUUUCCGCAGUGUUUCUCACAUCAUCCAGACCCACAGGACCAACCUUCUGAUAUUGAUUGACAGCAAAAGUAACAGCAAGGAUGCUACCAGGCUUUGUUUUCCUAUGAGGCCUUAGCGAACACUUCUGGCUCCACUUGAAUGUUCAAUCAGCAGCCACAUGGACAUAGUACUACUUUACAUCAACUUUUAAAAAAUGUGUUGUACCUAAAAUAAAACAAAUAUCCUCUGUAAAUCCACAUCUUUAAUCUUGUUAUCAGGAUUACACAAUUUCAUUAAUCCUGUCAUCUACAAAUAAUGCUCAAACAGAUUGGUUGCAUAACAAUAACAAAUAGGAAGGCACUUUGAGUACAGUACAGUACCACUAGUAGGACUAUGUUCAAUUAGAAAUAUGCUGUCUAAAUUAGAGGAGCAAGAAUAUUUACAGCGAGUUACAGACAGGGAUGGUCCCUGAAUGACACACACAAACACACACAACACACACACACACAUUCCUGCAGUCAAUACAGACAGCCUAUGGCUGAUUUCGGAAAUGUUUUGUCACAGGAGGCCACCAAUCGAGAUUGUCGUCCACAUGGGAUUAAUGCGUGGAGGUACAGGAAAUAGAAAGUCCUUCUUUCAUAGUGCAAGUAAAAUAAACAAAACUAGAUGAUCAUUUUCAAGUUAAAUUAUAGUAAACUCUUUGAAAACCGCCACCUCCAGUCUAUGCCAGAUUUCAUAAAAAAUUAUCUUAUCAUUCACGGUUAUGACAAACCAUCACUAUGUAAAAAAAAUGUAGGAAUAUCCACUGUUAAAUAAAUGCAUGAAAGUAUAUCAGUCACAGAUGAUAUGAGACUCACAUAUUAUUUGGAGUUUACACAAUUUUACAAGAAAUAUUCCAUUGGCCCAAAAAGAAAUUCAAAUAAAUGCAUAGAAAGUAUCUGCAAGAAGCAUAAAUAAAUGUUGAAUAAAACAGCUUAUUGUCAUUUUUGUUUAGUUUUUUUUUUACAACACAAGGUUUUGCUAUAUGUGGUAUAUCUUAUUUCAAAAACAUAAAUAUCUUAGAUACCACAAUGUAUCACCUACCCGUACAUUAACUCAAAUUUUUGUGUAGUUAUUUAUAAACAUGGACAGUGUUUUCUAAAAAGGUGACAGUGUAUUAAAAUAAGCAUUUGCAUAGACAAGAACAAAGGGUACAAAGAACCAACUGAAAUAUCACAUUCUUGUGACUUCACCAACUCAUCAACAAAGACUUUAAAU